GAAUUUUCCUAUUGACGAAUCUGCAGCCACUGCUGAGUACACAAGCUCUGAUGUUACUACUACUGUUAUGGAUAUCUCGAGCAAUUCGGUUGCUUCAGGUUCUCCCUCUGUCACCCAAACCUACACCAUCCUCGCUGCCAGCCCUACCCAUACCGCAACCUCCGCUCUUGGCGAUCUGCUCAUCGAGACUCUUUGGGCCACGGAUGCAAGCUUCACGGGUCCUUUCACGACCACGAUUACCGUCUCAACUGUAACCAUUACAGUAUCUGCUGUUUCCACCUCGGCUUCCACUUCUAUCUCUCCUUCUGUUACCACUUCCGUCCCUGCUUCCGCUCACCCAAUUACAACGCUGCUACCGGAGCGCUGCAUGCAACCAGGCGGAGUUCCUCUUGCGUGCGCCCAAACCUCCGACGAAACCGUUCUCGCUCCCUCAACAAUUACCACAUUGAUCAACGGCAGCGUCGUUGCAAUCACGCAGAAGAGUGCCGCGACCCCACUUGGCGCAAGCAACCUGUUCAAGCCGAUUGUUACUGGUUUCAAGUCUAUUUUCUCACUUGGCGUGGUCUAUGGCAAGAAGAUAUUAGCUCGGGUCCCGGGGGUAUGCCUCGAGGGAAAUAGAAAUCUGGUGGCAUGCCCCUCCUUCGCGGAGCAAACAUCUCGUAAUGGUAUUGCCAGCGCAACACAGAAGAGUGCUGCGAUCCCACUUGGUGAGAACAAACUGUUCAAGCCAAUUUUAGCUGGGCUUCGGAGUGCCUUCUCAUUCGGCUCCGGCUUCAAGGAGAAGAUUAGAGCUCGCUACCGUUUCCCGGCUUGCCAUACUUAGGACGAAGAUUGCCUGAAGGCUCUAAGCUUUAUUCACCGGAUAUCGUGCUUCUCAAAUCGACAAGCUUUACAUCUGUCCACACAAAAGUUGCUGCUCUACAAUGACGUUCGCUUCUUUCAGGAGAUAUUUGUUCACGGCUUUGGUUGAGAGUUACCUCGUUAGGAUGGAGUAAGCAUGCAUUGGGAGGCGAAUUCCUUGGUGGCUUUCUUUACACUUUUCUUUUCAAGUUGUGCGUCAUAAAUAAGGGAUAUGAAGACAAGCUUGGUGUGAUCGAGGUUGUGCUGCGCUGAGUGGCUUUCUGCCGAACAGAAAGUUUUGUCCUGAGAUCGUCCUUACAUGCUUGUGUUGGGUCAUUCUGGCCAUGAAUAAAAAAGGUUUCUUCAUUGCUUGUGCAAAGAAU